UCAAAUCUUCUUUCUCAACUCCUCCUCUCUGUGUUUCUCCGGCGAAACUCUUAACGGUCAUUUCUUGGAGAACAGUCCAGACUGAGGGUGAGAGCAAAGAUUCCAGACUUCUUCCGUUCAGAUUCUUCUGAAAUUGGUCGUGAUUGAGGUUUAUUUGUUUCGGUAAGUGCAUGAUUCUUGAUUUGGAUUCAUGUUGGGGUGAUCUGCGGUGUAAAUUUAGGGUUUCAGGGUGCGAUUUGAACGGGAAUAAUGGUUGCUGCUGUAUCAAUGGCGUUGAAUACUAAUACCGUGGCUCAGACUCCGAGAGUGCCUCACUCUCAAAACCUUACGAGGCCGCCUCUUUUACCUUCUGACCCCGACAAUGGCGCAGCGGCUCGACGGCCCAAAUCCCGGGAAGUUACUUCUCGGUACUUGUCGUCUUCCACUCCCUCUUCUUCUUCUACAUCGGUGCUGAGACGAUACCCGUCCCCUUCGGUUUCCGGAAUGUCUACUUCGACGUCUGUUCUGACUCCGAUGCCGUCGUCGUCGUUUAGGCGGUCGGAAUCGGUGGAGAGAACUCAGCGAGGGGCUCCUCAUCCUAAUUCGUUGGAUCUCAGAUUUGGUCAUGCUAAUGGAAGGGGUGAGAUGUCAGCUGCUCAGAAACUGUUGUUCAAUUCGACACGGAGCCUAUCGGUUUCUUUCCAGGGCGAAUCGUUCCCUUUGCAGGUUAGUAGACCAAAGCCUGCGCCGACUCCUGGUAUUCGGAAGGGUACGCCGGAGCCGAGAAAAAUAGCCACACCAACAAGAGGUGCUGGUGGCGGCGACCAGACUGAGAAUAUGAAGCCAGUAGAUCAGCAGCGGUGGCACAGUGGUCACCGGCAGGCGAAUUGUAUGAGCAGGAGUUUGGAUUGUGUGGAUGAACGGAAGAAGGUCGCUGGUGGGUCUGGGAAUGUAGUGAGAGCGCUGCAGAGUUCGUUUGUCGAUGACAGGACUUCAUUUGAUGGAAGACUAAGUUCUGAUUCUGCAAAUAUAGAAUCGGAGAAGGCGGUAGAGCCUCUUACUGCAGGAACUUCGGCUGAUAGUUUAGACGUUUUGUCCGACCCUCUUGCUUCUGAUUCUGAGAGUGUUACACUGGAGGGUGGUGCCGGAAAAGCACAGCGUGGCCCUCGAGUCAUGGUGGUUCCGGCGAGAGUUUGGCAAGAGACCAACAAUCGGUUGCGACGGCAGCCAGAGACGGGGUGUCCAAUAUCUAAGAACAUUGGAGCAAAAACUUCAGUUCCUUCGAAGGUAAACAUUCCCAAGAAGCAUUCAAUGGAUAGUCCAGCAUCAUCUCCUCGCCAGGUUGCUAAUAACAUGGAGCCGCCGUCAUCUCCUCUGUCCCCAAGUAAACUUUUAGCGUCCUCCAUAUCAUCAUCACCUUCAAAAGGAAGCCCAUCUCGUGUGAGAUGCUCAGUGACAAAUGGGUUCAGUAAUAACUGGAGUAGCACGCCAUCGACUUUGAAUUUUGCUAAUGAUACUCGAAGAGGGAAAAUGGGGGAUACCCGUAUGGCUGAUGCACAUUCAUUGAAGACGUUGUAUAACAGGCUUUUACAGUGGCGUUUUGUGAAUGCUAGAGCAGAGGCCACCUCUUCGAUACAGAGUUUGAAUGCAGAGAGAAACCUCUUCAGUGCUUGGAAUAGUAUUUCAAAACUGCGUGAAUCUGUUGCAGCUAAAAGACAUGAGAUGCAAUUACUACAGCACAAACUGAAGUUGGCUUCUAUCCUCAACUCUCAAAUGACAUGUUUGGACGAGUUGGAUCUUCUGGAUGAAGACUUCUCCAGCUCUCUAUCAGAUAUCACAGAAGCUUUGGAAGCUAGAACUCUUCGCCUGCCAGUUGAUGAAGGGGCUAAGGCGGAAAUCCAGGAUGUUAAGGAUGCAAUUUGUUCAGCAGUUGAUGUGAUGCAAGCAAUGGCACCAUCCUUGAGCUCAUGGCUAACAAAGGUCGGAGAGGUGAACUCUGUGGUAUCAAAACUUGCAGAUGUUAAUGCAAAUGAGCGUGCUUUGCUCGACCAGUGCAACGAUCUAUUGUCUACAGUAGCAUCUAUGCAGGUAACAGAGUGCAGCCUGAGAACACAAAUAUUGCAACUAGAACGCCCGCCCACCAGCUUAACAGAACAAGACACCACAAGGGUAUAGGUAGCUGAUUGUUGUGUUGUGUGCAUUAUUAGACCGAAGAUCUUGCUAGAGAAUCGAAACCCAUUCUUUUUUUA